AUGUUUAUUUUUGAAUAUAUUUUUGUUUUGUUUGCUGCAGGAGUUAAAGUUCCACGCAAUUUUCGUUUGUUGGAAGAACUUGAAGAGGGCCAGAAGGGCGAAGGCGAUGGCACAGUUAGCUGGGGCCUCGAGGACGAUGAAGAUAUGACUCUAACACGAUGGACAGGCAUGAUCAUUGGACCAGCAAGAACCAACUACGAGAACAGGAUAUACAGCCUGAAGGUGGAAUGUGGACCUAGAUACCCAGAGACAGCGCCGACUGUUAGAUUUGUUACAAAAAUUAGCAUGAAUGGGAUAAAUAAUUCCAACGGGACGGUGGAUUCACGUAGCAUACCAAUAUUAGCAAAAUGGCAGAAUUCUUAUAGCAUUAAAAUUGUUCUUCAAGAGUUAAGGCGUCUAAUGAUGUCCAAAGAAAAUAUGAAGCUUCCACAACCACCAGAAGGACAAACCUACACCACUUAA